GGCAGUAGACUGGAGUGACCAGUGGCAGGAUCAGCUGGUGAGGUGCCGUGCGACCAUGUGGCAAAGUUUGUGACCUAACCUGACCUCUGAUGCUCCACGUCACCUUUCCAUCUUACUGAGUUAGUCUCAGAGGGUGGCACAGUGCGUAGCGGUCCCUCUACAGACCAUCUUGUGCCCGGCAGGCACUGGCUCGCCAUAAAACCUGUCAUAAGAGGUUUCCCUCUUGAUCCCUGACACAAGAAUUUCCUUGUGCUCCUCUCACAAGUGCUGGCCUCUACCUGCUGCCUCUCCACCUAUUUCAACGGGUUGCCCGACGUCCCACCUGAGUGUAGUGAGAGUUGGACAAGAGACGUCACACCAAUAACGAUGAGCAGAGGAGCGUGAACAAGCGCUGCAUCCAGAUAACUCUUGGAGUUGCCCUUGGUCUCAGCCGCUAGAAUGGCGGGAAAUUGGAACCAAGUAUGUGAGUUCUGCAGUAGCUGUCUUCCUUCAGCUAAAUCGAAGGCGCGGAAGGGGAGGAGCUGCCCCUCUUGUGACCUCCAGCUGCAGAGCAAUAAGAAGAUGGACAGCAGUGGAAAUGUUGCUUCCCCAGAGGAAGAGCCUCCCAGGGAUCCUGGUGUGGCACAGCACCACUCAUUCAACAUGGAUGACUUAGAGGGUCAUCGUGCCCACUCUAUCUAUGUUGGAGUCCAUGUUCCAGGAAAUUACCGCCGGCGUUCCCGACACCACCGUCACCGUCACCAUCACCACCACAAGAACUCUGCUAAGGAUGGUGGCGAGAAUCGUCCAGCGAUGCCCCCGCUUGAUGAGGACUGCCCUGAUGGCUUCUCUUUAACUCCUCCAAGCCAGCGUGUGCAGUUCAUCCUCGGGGAGGAUGAAGAUGACGAUGGCAUGCAUGACAGCCAUCCUCUCUUCAGCGAGAUGGAAACCCUCACAGAAAUGGAAGGAGGAGAGCUGGAGUGGAAGGAGACAGCCAGAUGGGUUAAGUUCGAGGAAGAUGUGGAAGAGGGUGGAGAACGUUGGUCUAAACCUCAUGUGGCAACGCUCUCUCUUCAUUCCCUUUUUGAACUUAGGUCUUUCAUUCUUAAUGGAACCGUCAUUCUUGAUAUGGAUGCUACAUCUUUGGAACAAAUUUCGGAUCUUUUGUUAGAUAACAUGAUAAAUCAAGGGACAUUGACUUUAGAAGCCAAAGAUAAGUUCCGCGAUGCUCUCCUGCGCAAGCAUAAACAUCUCUAUGAGAAGCAGAAGCACAAUAAAGAGAAUGGAAAUAUGUCUCGGCUACCUCUCAUCCGCAGUUUAGCAGAAAUUGGGAGAAAUCAUUCAUCCUCAAAAAGAGCGGGUGUGGAGGAGGGCGGGGCUUCUACUCAAGCCUCGCCCACGCCCACGCCCACAACAGCUCUUGAUGAACCGCCCAAAUUUGGACGCUUCUUGAACGUGCCAGGGAGCGGUGGUGGUCUUGGUUGUGGUGGUGGUGUUGGUGGUGGUGGUGUUGGUGGUGGAAGUACUGAGGGUGGUAACAAUGCCAGCGUUAUCUCGAAUCCCGACGGAACAAUGGAGCAAUCUCCCUCAUCUGGCUCUAUUACAUGCAACCACAGCUCAAACAACCUGGAUGGACCUGAACAUAAGGGAAACACUCACUUCAUGCGGAAGAUUCCUGCUGGUGCUGAGGCUUCGAACAUCCUUGUUGGAGAAGUGCCCUUCCUUGAUAAGCCUGCCACGGCAUUUGUCCGUUUGUCCCAAAGUGCCAAUCUUGGUGAUUUGACGGAAGUGCCUGUACCUACCCGUUUCCUGUACAUUAUACUAGGACCCCUGGGUGGCCUUCCAAGGUAUCAUGAGAUUGGUCGUGCCAUGGCCACGCUUCUCAGUGAUGAAGUGUUUCACGACGUAGCAUACAAGGCAAAAAAUAGAAGUCAUCUCUUAGCUGGUGUUGAUGAGUUUCUAGAUGCUGUGACUGUCCUGCCACCUGGAGAGUGGGAUCCAGCCAUUAGGAUUGAACCACCUGCUGCAAUUCCAUCUCAGGAGCCAAGGAAAAAUAAGAAGGUAGAAGCAGCAGAAGUAAUAGAUGAAGAGGAGGAGGAGAUGAAGAUGCGAGAGGAGGCUGGUCUCACACGCACUGGCCGAUUAUUUGGUGGCUUCAUUAAUGACAUUAAACGAAAAAAACCAUGGUUCUUGAGUGAUUUUAAAGAUGGGUUCUCCAUACAGUCCAUUGCCUCCAUUAUUUUCAUUUAUUUUGCUUGUCUCACCCCAAUCAUUACCUUUGGAGGUCUACUUGGAGAGGCCACUGAAAACCGUAUUGCUGCUUUGGAGUCUCUUGUUGCUGGAUUAGUGUGUGGCGUGGUAUAUGGCUUAUUCUCUGGUCAACCUCUGACUGUCUUGGGUUCAACAGGUCCUGUUCUGGUCUUUGAAACUAUCUUAUAUGACUUCUGCAAAACAAUGUCGUGGAGUUACCUUUCGUUCCGCUUGUGGAUUGGUGUCUGGUCUGGGAUCAUCUUAAUGAUCCUAGUGGCUGUUGAUGCCUCUGCCAUGGUGUGCUUCAUUACCCGUUUCACUGAAGAAAACUUUGCUACCUUAAUUGCAUUCAUCUUUAUAUACAAGGCUGUUGAGAAAGUAAUGAAGAUUGGUGAUAAGUAUCCAAUGGAAACAUCGGUAGAUACUUUAAAAUACUGUGAAUGCGUACCACUCAAUGAAACGCAAGAAGUGAUGAAUUCUACCGAUUGGAUUAGCAUCGGGGAGGAGGACUGCAUGAAGAUGUAUAAUGGCACACUAAUCGGAAAUGGACCCGAGUGCGCACAUUAUUACCCUGACGUAUUCCUGCUGAGUAUUACCCUCUUCUUUGGUACCUUCCUCAUCUCUGUAUAUCUCAAGGACUUCAAGUCUGCUGCUUUCUUCCCUGCCAAGGUCCGUCAGUUCAUCAGUGAUUUUGCUGUUAUUAUUGCUAUUGUUUCAAUGAGCUGUAUUGAUAUGGCUAUUGGCAUUCAUACACCAAAACUAGACGUUCCAUCCGAAUUCAAACCCACGUGGGAGGGCCGUGGCUGGAUCAUUCCUCCCUUUGAUGGUAACCCUUGGUGGACAUCCAUAGUUGCUGUUGUUCCUGCACUGCUUGCCUGCAUUCUCCUGUUCAUGGACCAGCAGAUCACAGCUGUCAUUAUUAACAGGAAGGAGCACAAAUUGAAGAAAGGUGGUGGCUUCCAUCUUGAUUUGUUUGUUUUGGCUCUGCUCAUUGUGCUGAACUCCUUGAUGGGUCUACCAUGGUUUGUAGCAGCCACUGUCCUUUCCAUCAACCACGUCAACUCUCUCAAGUUAGAAUCAGAGUGCGCUGCACCUGGUGAGAAGCCCCACUUCCUUGGUGUUAGGGAAAACCGUUUGACUCACAUUACCAUCUUUAUUUUAAUUGGGUUGUCAGUAAUAAUGACACCAAUUCUGCGCAAGAUUCCCAUGGCCGUACUGUUUGGUGUCUUCCUGUACAUGGGUAUUGCAGCACUGAAAGGUAUUCAGUUCUUUGAUCGUAUCCUCAUCAUGUUUAUGCCUGUGAAGUAUCAGCCAGAUUACACUUUCCUGAGACAGGUGCCAUUGAAAAAGGUGCAUUUAUUCACUGCAAUCCAGCUGACUUGCUUAGCAGUGCUGUGGGCCAUCAAGUCCUUCAAACAGACCUCAAUCCUCUUCCCACUCAUGUUAGUCGUGAUGAUUGGUAUUCGAAAGAGCUUGGAUUGGAUCUUUACUCAACGAGAACUCAAGAUCUUGGAUGAUACCUUACCAGAGUUUAGCCGUAAGAAGAGGAUGGAGAUAGAAGUUGAAGCCGACGACGAUGAUGAUGAUGUAGAAACCAGAAUGCCAAAGGAAACUACUAUACACACUAGUGAAGGAAUGAUGACCAUCCCAUUAGCUAAUGGAAAUGUGAUGAAAGUUCCAAUGAAUCCAAUCAACAUCUCAGAGGAGGUGAACAAGAGUGGAGUGUGGAUGGACAUAAACAAAGACCAGGAGAAGAAGGCCCCAACAUCCCCAACUAAGAACAAUGAGGACAGGAGCCGUAACAACUGCAAACGGUGCCGUCGCCGCAAGAAGAGUCGGGCUAAUGAUGAAAUAAAUGGUGUAGCCAAUGGAGUGGCCCAUGGGCAUGCAAGUGAUGUGGAAAUGAUUGACAGCCCAAUGUGUAUGGGUCACUCAGAAAUUGAGUCUGAAACAAAGGAAAGCACAUUGGAAAUAGAAAAUGAAGCGUGCCAUUUCACUAAGAAACGUGGUAACAAGAGGGAUGCUCUAAAUGAAGAUGAGAAAAAGAGGCUGAGCAUGAUGGCAGAAGAGGAUGAAGAGGACGAAGGGAUAACAAUUAAGAUUGAAGGACCCCGACUCCAAAAGAAAGGUUCCAUUGUGAGCGCAGAAACAUCAGUGUAGGAAUGUUCCCCACUUUUGUAAGGCUAUUAUAUUAUUUUGAGUUAUUACACAAGAGAAAACAGGUGUGUAGUUUGGAUCAACAUAGUACGCUCAGCACUGAAUUAUAUGAGUAAGAAAAUAUAUCUACAGAGGUAAAGUAUAUAUUAAAAUUUUGUUCAUUGAUGUGUUAAAUACAGGGAAUUAAUUAAUUAUCAUUAAUUAUUUAUGAAGAAAACAAAUUAACCAAAUAUUACAAAUUGAGAUACAUCACUGGUAUAAUCAAUUAAAUUCUGAGUAUUCACAAAGCAGUUUAUUAAUUGUAUUAAUUUUUUAACUGCUUAGGUUCUGAAUGAUUAACCACUAAAGUGUAUAGCUCCUGCAGUUCAUCCUAAUUAAAUACAAUACAUUGAAUUCUUCCAAACUCAAAAAAGUUUGUUCAGCUCUUAUACUGUACACUCACUCAAGUUGAAGAAUGUUUAGGUCAUAAAAGAAUAAUUUAUUAUUUCAUUAAUUUUAAAAUACUGUAUACUGUAUUAUACAUUUUUUGAAAGUUAGAAAUUAACAUUAACCUUUGCUAAUAUUGUAUGGAGGAGUACUACAAUGCGUGCAGAUACUGUAUUACAUUAUUUUACUAAAAUUCAACUACCUUUGUCUUUCUUAAUUUUAAAUGCUACAGUAUGUAAUUUUUAAUUUAUCAUUUCAUAAACGCAUUUCAUAGAUAUGUUCGCUCAGUAAAUCACUUUACAUAAAAAUAUAUAUACCUGUUAGCAAUGAUCUUCAUAUUUACCAAAGAAAUCCUUGUGAAAAUGCACCCAUUGUAUGCAAUCAUACUUUUGUUUUAUGUUUAUAAAUAGCGGAAAAAGAAGAGAUUAUAGGAACAAUAGAAUCUACAUAAUAAAUAAAGUUUGAAAAAUUGUGCAAAGUUAAAGAAUGUAACAUACUGUAUGAGAAACUGUGUGUGUGUGUGUAUGUGUGUGUGCGUGUACAGUACAGCAUGUGCAGUAAACAAUAACCAUGUCUUGGAUAGGCUAAGUAGGUUUCUCUUCUGCUCAUGCAGUGGUGCGUCCAUGAAUGACUCGUGCUAUCCUCUCUUAGCAUAUGAUGUCUUAUUUUAAAGUUUGACAAGCCAUCCAAAUUUUACUGUUAUUAUGACUGCUUUAUUACUUUUAACACAAAUCUCAGUACUGUAUUUACACUUGGUUUACAUUUUGCACCAAAUGAUAAGUUUUUUAGAACUACAUAUAACUAUAAACACAGACCAAAUAUUAAAAACAAGAAAUACAAAGAAUAAUUUUACAUAACUGAAUAUGCGGUAUGUGUAGAAUAUAAGUGUGAAGGCUAAAUGAUACAUCAAGGCUUAGUUUUCUCACUUGAGAAUUAUCAGUGGUAGAGAAGUGUGUGUGUGAGGGCAUGGAGGAGGAACUUGUCACAUGGUGUACACUGACUGGCAAGUAAGGUUACUUGUGUAUACUUGCCAGUUCAUGUUACCUUCAAGUAUAGUGUUGUUAUAUGCACACUGUCCUUUGUAAGUGUAUUUCAUUUGGCAGUCUGAAAAUAUGUGGCAGUCCAAGUUGUAUCUAGUGUACUUGAUGCUAUUUGCAUUAAUCUAAAUAUAGUGUAUAUAUAUUUGUAAGGAAUGACUCCUGUUGCUUCAUGUAAAUAUCAAAGCUCAAAAUUGCCAAGGCCAAGACUUCCAUAGAAAAAAAGGUUUUGUCAUAUAAUAAAUACUUGCACCUAAUCCUUCAACCAAAGUCUGCAUUACUGUAGAUGCAUGGUUGUCAUCAUUGAAUAGUAAAUGUAUAAUUAAUGCAACUGUAUAUUAGCAUAUUCAUAAAUUUUUUUAUCUACAUCUCAUAGAACUAAAUUUUCUGUGUGAUAUAAAUUUCACAAGCAUUGCAGACAAAAAACAUACAUCAAUUUUUUCCAGAUGUACUACAGCAUGUCAGCUAAAUACAUGUAUAGGUCAACUAAUAAUACAGAUAAAUUAUUAUCUCUUGAAAACAAUUCUGUACAUUUCAUUUCAUAUAUAACCACUUUGCAGCUUGUUCAUUCAUUUUCCCAGAAUCAUUCACUAGUUCAUUGGACAUUACAUCUGUAAUUUAAAGCAAAUCUUAACUGCAUUUUAUAGAAUUUUGUAUACACUUAUUCAUCCUCUAGGGCAAAAUCUUCUUCAAUCAGAAUAUUUUGCUAGUCUAGGCUUUAGGAUACCAGAAGAUAGUCUACUUACAUCCCAUCCUCAUGAUUUUGUUGUAUUUUAAGCAUAGCAAGUAAAUAUCUGUCAUGGGCCUUAAGCCUAUACCUGGCCUACAAGUGUGGUCUUUAAUCCUAGUAGAAUUUGGUCGUUAUCAUCCUGAUGAGGAGUGGUGUUGCUCACGUCCUUGUCAGAUGUGGGCUUGAUGCCUGGUCAGAUGUUGCCAUAAGAGAAUCAUUUUGUGGUAUAUAUCAAGUAUACAUCAUGUUACUUCCUCUUCUCUUAUGUAUGAUAUUCAGACACCAUAGUGUGUACGAUACUUUACAUAUCAUGUAAUUACAAGUACAGUAUGUUCAAUGUUCUACAUUUCACCAGAAUAAAUACCUAUUAUGACUGAUGUUUUAUAUAUUCUGUACUGUAGCAUAAUUUAAGUUUUAUACAUUAUUAGGCUUCUGUUAAGUUACGUCAUUUGGCUAAUUUAGUCAUCAUUAAGUGCAGAAAUAUACGUUCAAUAUAUGUUCAGUAUUAGCCACUAUGUUUCAUUAUGUACAAAGCUGCUCUUUAACUGUGUGUAUAAUAUAGUACAUACUGCAUUUUUUUUUUUGGUAUGAUAUGAAGAUGGGCUGCUGCUGAUGUGUAUUGGACCAACUUAUAUGUAACGUACAGUUGUGCAGGCACAAUAUUCUGAAAUUGUUUCAGACAUUCAAUUUAAAAACAUACAAAUAUGUUAUUUUCAUAUUUGUAUAUGAUGGUACAGCUGUCCUAAGAGUGAAACAUCUACAUUUUGCAUAUAUUAUUCAGAUGUUAGUUAUUCAAUUUAGAAAAAGGUAGUUGUACAUUCCAGAAGUAGAAUUUAAGUGGCAUGUUGUAAGAAUAGCAGCAGCCAAACAGGAAAUUGAAGAUAUACGAAAGACUUAAAAGUGGAAAUGUAUAAAGCAUGGUACCAAGUUUUUUGGUGGAGUCAAACCAGCAACCAAGGUGGUUUGUGUUGCAGGAUGUAUGUCAUCUAUGAAUGAAUUACUGUAUUGAUAGAAUAAUCAAGAUCAUAAUUUUCAAACACAGCAUUCUUUUAUGUAAACUAUAGAAUAGUCUCUUGAUAUAUGCUGUACCCACUUGUGUUGAAGACAGUUAAGAUAUCUGGCAGGAAGGAAUUUUAAAGUAUAGUACCAUACAAGCAUAAAUUUUCAUUUGCUUUGUAUUAAGGAACACUUAACUUAAUACUUUACUAAAUAUCCUGGUGAGAUGGAAAGCUAUUUACUGAUCUGUGGUUAUUUUAAAAUAAACAGUGGCUUAGUGUUAAAUGAAAACUUUUUUAGAGAUAAAAAGAGAGAGGCCUAAAGAGCAAUGAAAAGGAUUCUGGAGAUAUCGAGAUUGAUCGCUGAUUGCCACUUUACUGGGUUAGAAGAGAAACCAUCUUCUGGCAAGCUGUUCAUCUCGGACUUGCUUGAGAUGGAGCUUAUCAUAAGCCGUUUGUGACUGCUGUCACACUACGUGCUCAACCCCUACCCCCAUCCUGAGCAGGCCCCUCUUAAGUGGGUGCACACCUGCUGUUCCCCCCCAUUUCCUGCCCACCAACCUCUGCUCAAGCUGUGGUGAUCCCAUUUUACAAGGUCAGAGAAAGCUCUCAAUGCACCCUUGUUUAAGUUCAAGCCUGACCCUGUUAAGGAUAACAUUUGUUUGCUUAAUUAGCUGUAAACAAACAAAAGAAGAUAAUUCAUAAUGGAGAUAAUCAUAAUGUUCUGUCUGUUGGUGAUUACAAUGUAGAUAUAAAUAAUUCUGACAUA